AUGAACAUUAAACUCAAGAAACCCCUCUCAUACGUUGAGCUUCUUAACUACUGCGAUCAUACUCGUGUCGACACAAGCAACAAAUCCCCACCACCUACGCCCUAUGUUCGGAAAUUCGAGUUUUCGACUGAAGAAGCCGGUGUAUCUCCAAAGUUCGACCUGAUACCCCUUGACGAAGACCUUUCAGGUUUGGGAAACAAGUCAUUGACCUGGAGUGGCCAAGUAAUACCCCCGGAAUAUCGAGUUGCUAUGAUCAAGACUUGGCUGUCAAAAUGCAGAAACGAACAUGGUUACAAAUGUGGCCACACGCUUCCGACAGAGUACGAAGACUACACUCUACUGGUAUUGGAUGUGCAACGUGGCUGUCUGACAAAAAUAAGACCCUCACGAUCACACUACUUCGCUCUCAGUUACGUCUGGGGCCGCGAGGCAACCUUUCAAACCCUCAAGCAGAAUUUCGACCAUCUACGCCAACCAGGAAGCAUCAGUUACUCCAGUAGCAUGCUGCCCAAGACUAUCAGGGAUGCUAUCAAACUGCUUAUUGCUCUUAACGAGCGAUACCUAUGGUGUGAUCGAUUAUGCAUCGUUCAGGAUGAUGCAGAGAACAAACAUUCUUCCAUCUCUCGCAUGAACGCCAUUUUCGGAUCUGCUCAUGCUGUCAUCAUGGCAAGAAGUGGUUUCGAUGCCGAUGCGGGUCUCCUUUCCCCAGACCAUCAACAUCCAUGGCGUCGAGUAAGUCGACUCUCGGAUAGCAUGAGAUUCGUCACUGUGCCUAGCAGUAAAGCAGAAGAGGGAGCAGGCCUGGCUCCGCUAGAG